AUGGAUCCAUUGGAGCAAAGUCACAUUGCAUUAAGAAGAGAUGUUGACACAAUGAAAAAUCAGCUAGACCAACUUGAGGAAGCUAUGAUAGUUUUAGCAAAGAAGGAAGACAACAUUCAGCAGACUGCAAUGGUUGAGAAUGUUAUGUUAGCUCCAGUAAAUGGUCCUACGCAACCCCAGCUUGUGCAAACCCUAGUUGAUAACUCUAUUGUACAAGAACGUCAUGUUGUUCAAGAUUCCUCACGUCAUGAUGCUGUUAAGUAUCAUAGUUUUACAUUCUCCGUGCCAGAUUCCCAUGGAACAAGCCUAGUGGUUAAUGCUGAACAACCACAAGAUGAUGAGAUUUCUAAAAGAUAUCGCGUGCUAGAGAAAAGACUCAAGGCCAUAGAAGGAAAAGAUACUCUUGAACUGAAUGCUUUAGACAUGUGUUUGCUGAGGGCCUUAUCUAAAGAAAACAGUGAAUCCUUCAAAGGGUAUGCCCAAAGAUGGAGAGAGUUAGUGCCUUGCGUUGAACCACCGCUCUUAGACAAAGAAUUGAUGGAGUUAUUCAGGGAUGCCUUACAAAGCCCUUACUUCGAAAGGAUGAUUAGCAGUGCAGCAUCAGACUUCGUUCAUUUGGUGUCAAUUGGAGAACGCAUCGAGCAUGUCCUUAAAAGUGGAAGAAUCCAAUGCGCCUUAAAUAGCCAGAGCAUUGAGAGUGAAUCUGUUGCCAGUUCUCAAAAGGAAGAAGAGCCUGAAGUUAAUGCAGUCUAA